AUGUACCCAUUCGGGAGAUCGGGAAAAGUCCUCGGCAGAAGGGUGACGUGCUCCUUCUGCUUACGGAUAGACGACCACACAUCAGACGGAUGCCCGGUCUAUUCAACAGGAGAAAGGCGCAGACAACUUACGAGCAUGCGGCACCACAACUCAAGAUGCAACGACAGGGGCCAGUGUAGCUACUGCUCCGGAAGGUUCGGGAGGGCGGUAAGACUGGCAGAUCACGACGUUUCCCUCUGCCUGAUACUCGACGACAUGAAGAGCCACGACCACACAUCAGACGGAUGCCCGGUCUACUCAACAGGAGAAAGGCGCAGACAACUCAUCGAAAGAGGCCGGGCAUGCCGAACCUGUCUGCGGUAUCACAACUCAAGAUGCAACGAUCGGGGCCAGUGUAGCUACUGCUCCGGAAGGUUCGGGAGGGCGGUAAGACUGGCAGAUCACGACGUUUCCCUCUGCCUGAUACUCGACGACAUGAAGAGCCACGACCACACAUCAGACGGAUGCCCGGUCUACUCAACAGGAGAAAGGCGCAGACAACUCAUCGAAAGAGGCCGGGCAUGCCGAACCUGUCUGCGGUACCACAACUCAAGAUGCAACGACAGGGGCCAGUGUCGCUACUGCUCCGGAAGGUUCGGGAGGGAGGUAAGACUGGCAGGACUCCUCUCCAAAAUUCACGAAGCCACUGAGGCUCAACACGCAGUCAGCCCUGACAGACGACAAGAUUCUGAGCCUGCUAACAUCUUUGAUCUCAAAUCACUGAAUUGUGGGCGAUUUGGUCGUGACUCAUCGGGUCCUUCAGAAGAUCGCAGAAUCGCAUGA